GCACGAUUGCACAUGGGGUGCCCCUGAUGAACCUGGCGAGAGUCUCUCCUCUCCAUCAGAUAACCUACAACCAUCUUUCUCUUGUUUUCUGGUCUUCUGUUUGUGUAGAACAGCUUUCCACUCUCUUCUUAUUCCUUCACUAUCCUUCAGUCAGUCGGUCAUUAUCUCUUUCCUCCCAAAGAAGCACUUUCAUAGUACUAAACGCUUCAGCGUCAUUCACUCGUUUCACGACCUCUCCUUUUCACGCCACUCGUUUUGCCCUAAGCCACGCCCGUUCUACAGUCCACAGUGAACACCAUGUCGACCAACAGCACCACCACUGAUACCAGCACCUUUGUGUGCACCCUCCAGACGUGCAGUCUCGACUAUGCCAUGAUCCACUACAUCCCCUCGCUGGCCGGGAACGCGCUCUUCCUGGCGCUCUUCUGCGUGGCAGCAGUGAUUCAUCUGUUUCUGGGGGUGUGGCACCGCACCACCAGCUACCUGGUGGCGGUGAUGGGGGGGCUGCUACUGGAGAUCAUUGGCUAUGCGGGGCGCAUCAGCCUGCACGACGACCCUUUUUCCUUCAACGCCUUCCUGCAGUACCUGAUCUGCCUCACCCUAGCGCCCGCCUUCAUCUGCGCCGCAAUCUACCUGUGCUUCGGCCGCGUGGUGAUCGAGUACGACGCCCGGUGCUCGCGCCUCGCGCCCGCCACGUACUCGAAGGUCUUCAUCGCCUGCGAUCUCGUGUGUCUGAUCCUGCAGUCUGCCGGGGGCGCCAUCACCUCCACCGCCGGUACGGACAACACCAGUCUCAGAGACCUCGGCAUCGACAUCAUGAUCGCCGGGUUGGCGUGCCAGGUCGUCUCGUUGGUAGCCUUCAUGGCGUUGGCCGGCGACUUCGCUCUCCGACUGCGCCGGCACCACGCCCAGGGGUCGGCCUCGCUGCUGCCCGUGGACUGGCACGCUGGGUGGAAAUGGAGGGGGUUUCUGAUCGGUCUGAUCGUCGCAACCACAACCAUCUUCAUCCGCUCGUGUUUCCGCGUCGCCGAACUGAAGGGGGGAUUCGGGAGCGCCCUUGCCAACGACCAGGUAGCGUUCAUGAUCCUCGAAGGUGUGAUGAUGAUCCUGGCCUGCGGCGUCAUGACGGCGUUUCACCCGGGACUGGUCCUUUCGCGUGAGCGCUGGAAUGCCUCCGCGCAGCAGCAGCUGAAGUUGCAUCAGGUCGAGAGUCGUUCCAGUCAGAUAGAGAUGAUACAGCGCUCGGGUGUAUAGUCCCUUCUCUUUUGUUUGUGGAUCGUGCUAGGAAGGUUUGAAAAUAAUCGAUUCCAUGAUGUCUCAAGACACCACCGCGU